GUGGACUACAGCUUGAAAGAAGUUGCAGAACCAGAGAUAUAAAUACAAGCAUCUUCCAGACGUAGCCUCUGCUUCGAAACCAGAUCCAAAGAGCAUCUCCUUGUCUCAUUCGGUCAUCUUCUUGCCUCAACACUAUCUUGCAAUCAGAAUAACAUACCCAUUCUCAAAAUGAAGUUUCUCAGUCCCAUCACUGCACUCACUCUCCUUGCCUCCGUGGCAUCCACCUCCCCCACACCCGCGAACCUCAUCCCCCGCGCCUGCACCACCAUCGCCCCAACAGCCAUCGACGUCCUCGACAGCGCAAACCCCAACACCCCAAGCACCGGACAGCAGUUCUCCCUCGCCAGAACAGCCACCACAAACACCAAGAUCUCCGCCCUCACCUUCACCGAAAUCCCCAACGACGCCACAGGUUGUAUGCUCGCCAUCGACAUCCCGGCCCUGGCGCAGCCUAUUGCUACAGGCUCCAGCCAAGCUGACAUCUGGACUACCAACCCCUGGGACUUGACCUCCCCUCCUACCUGGAACAACCAGCCUACUAGGCGGGAGAUGGUGUCAACUUUCCAGUUCCCAACUUCGCCAACGACAUCCCCGUUCCAUACGAUCCUUGCGUCGAAUACGUGCUCGAAUGUAAUGAGCUUCCUGGCGUUGCAGUCAACGUGGCAGACUACACCUGGAAGUGUGAAUUUCCAGAACUCCAUUGGCGGGAGUCAGCCGAUUGGGUUUAGCUUGGUGUAUAAUUGUUAGUGAACAUUUUAGGGACGGUGGUGUUGUAGACCGAUAAUGAGAUUACCAACGCGGGGUGAUGAGGAAACCAGUCAGUGGAGAAAAACAUUUCGGACGACUCUAUUCAACAUAGCGUCAACAAAUAAAGUAUCUUUUCCUGCACAUGUACCUAAUUUUAGCCUUGUUGUUUCACUCCUACCGUGGGUUAGCCCUAGGAAAUGUGACAUGUGCCAGAUGCGCCCACCGAAUAAACUUCUC